GUAAAACUGUUGCAGCCGAGUUCCACCACAAUCAUAGUCCUUGGACAAACUGUAGUCUACACUACGUUGUCGUGGGCGGUGAUCUACUUGGAAGCGAAGAGAAGUCCAUGCAGUAGUUAGUUAGUAGCUUGCCAGUGACACGAAAGGUUCUUCUCCACGAACUCUGAAGUUGAACUGCUUCGCACUGUUUUUAUGAGUUUCGCGUAGCGGUACUGAACAUCGAGCAGCCAGUUCGUUGUUGACUGUCUUCAAAGUGGUGGCGACAUGGCCCUUCUUGCUGAUGAUUCCCGGUCUGUGGAGGCACGCCAGUACUUCGCUUCGUUCGGUGAGCUGGCCUCAAAGAUCGUGCAAGAAUCGGAGAACGUUCGUAGUAAUAACGAUUGGAAAUCCAUGACUUACAAACAGAAGGAGAGUUUGAUCGAUAGGCAUUUCAUUGACGAUAGCGUCAGGAGUUACUACUCGGGAGGGAACCAGAGCACGACAAGUCUCGGAGCGUCCAGUGCUAGUUUUGGUGGUGCUGGUGCUGAUAGUGUGGGUACUGGUGAUGUUCCACUUCCAGCUUGGGAGAUGCUCUUUCCCAGACCCAUUCCGCUGGGCGGACAGAAAUUUGUACAUGUCGGCAGCGGCGAGGAUGGUGAAACGUCGGCAGCAUCGUAUGUGGAUGAAUUUGCUGGCAAUUUCCAGUGGGAAACCAAGAGUCAGCUUGAGCUCUGGCUGCCUGAAGGCAAAAGCUUGCCGUCGCCCAGAUCAGUUCGCAGAUCAAUGUACAAGGAUGAUCAUCGUACGAAUGUUGACGUCAAGCGCUAUAGCAAAGCAUCAGAUGGAUCUGAUACGGCCGAUGGCGAUGGCGCCUCUGGAGCCACAUCUGUCAAGGCUAUGGCGAAAGCGCUACAGAGGACCUCAGGCGGUGCCUACCCGCCUCCCAGCGGCAGCCGCAUCAGUGGCACGGGCCUGGCACCGAUCCCUUCAAACACUCCUACGCCGUCUCCCGCACCAGCUCCUAAGGCAUCGCCGUCACUCGCAAGAACACAGUCGCACGUUCAAACCAAGUCCAGUCCUGAUGUUGCUCCAAGACCACCCAAACGCUCUAGCUCCAUAGUCGGGGACACGCCUUCGCCUCAGGUCAAAGUAAAGAGUACAGGUGCUUUGGCUGUCCCACCACCAUCCAAAUCUGCUAGUUACUCAUCUGAACUAGGAGCUGUCACUGUUGACACUGGUGAUGCCGAUGCCGAUGCCGCUGCAGCUGGCGCUCAAACUGGCGGUAAGCCCAGACCAUCGCCACCAGUACGCAGGGAUUCAUUAUCUAAGAAAACUGGUUCGCCGUAUGCUGCAGAAGCCGCAAAGGAAGAGAGGGACUCCAGCACCUAUAAGCCAGGUGCAGUGCAGUCGAAUAAAGCACCAUCAUCAGCAGCAGUGCCAGGAGCAGCAACAACAACAGCAGCAGCAGCAGCUGCAGCCGUGCAGCCAGCGGGCAAGGCUGCCGCUUCGCGUACUCCACCAAGGGUUGAAAAGCCUAGUCGAGCACCUCCUGCGGCACCCCCUGCAGCAGCCACUCAGCCGCCUGCAGCUGCUGGUACUACUAACACCACGGCAACAACGCCGGCCGCUGCUAAAGCAAAAAAGCCUGAAACACCCGAGCCAAUUAGCGUGUCAUCACCAGCAACGGGUGGCGGCCAAGCCUCAUCAUCGGCGAUAGAAACAACGUUUCCUGCCACUCCAGGGCCAUUAGAAGGAAAACUGCUCGGAUCUGCUAAUAGUGGAGAGACGGCAGGCGGCACGAGCUUUGAUUUCCUUAGCAAUUGGUAACAGUGAAUACAAAAGGCUGCGAAUACACCGUGAGCCAGUCUUGGCAAUAUGGAGGUGACUUAAACCAACAGAAAUACCACUAGAGAGAGAGAGAGAGAGAAUCUGAAACAUAGCUUGACUGCACAGUUUCCAUCUUUGCAUCCAACGAAAGCUUCACACAGUUGAGUGUUGAUCCAAGGUGAUUAUCAGGUCUAACGUUAUACUUAUAGGAAGAGCAGCAUGUUGUGUGCUGGCAUUACAAGGACCAUUUUGAUAGACAUUUUUUUCAUUUUUUGCUUUCCUACUUUUGUUUACUUUUUACACUUACAGUCCUGUUUCUGAUCCGGCCCUUCACACAAUGAUACGAAUCUGCAUUCCGGCCCUUCACACAAAUACGAAUCUGCAUUGAACUAUCA